CAGAAAAGUUGUGAAUAAUAAAAGAAAAAAAAUCCAAAAAAAAAAAAAUAAAAUAUUUUUCCAAGUUUUCGGGGGGGAAAGAGAGUUCAUAAAACAAACGAUCACCCUCGCAGCACAAACUCUUCAGGCAUAAUCUCCAUCAUCUCCACACAUCGUCCAGGCGAGAGCGACAUCAUCCUGCGAUCCAUCAAUCACUCCUGUGGGGGUAUCUUGAGGAAGUGAAUUGGAGAUGGAGGGUGACGAUGAGGAAGUGAAGCAGAGACGCGUGGUCGAAGCUCGGGCGAGGAACAUUAGUCACAACGUGCGCUGCACCGAGUGCGGGAGCCAGUCGAUCGAAGAUUCUCAAGCUGAUAUUGCUAUUUUGUUGAGAAAGUUGAUUCGCGAUGAGAUCCAAUCUGGCAAAACUGACAAAGAGAUUUAUAAGAAGCUUGAGGAGGAUUAUGGAGAGACGGUUCUUUACGCCCCGAAGUUUGAUAUGCAGACUGCAGCCUUGUGGCUGUCACCGCUACUAGUGGCAGGUGGUGCUGCUGGCGUAUGGGCGUACAGUAAGCACAAGCAAAGGACAAACGUUCACAUCAUGGCUCUAAACCUCAUUAGAGGAGUCCCACUAUCACCGAAGGAGAAGGAAACCAUGCUCGAUCUUCUCACACCACCUCCCUCCCCGCGAGGAGUUCCAUCCUCAUGGUGGAAGAGGUGGCUUGGCCAAUGAUUUGUAUCAUCUCGCUAUUAACUGUUAUCUUUUCAAUGGUAGUAUUUUUACAUUCUCACGGGAAGUCAAUUUUAGAUUCUCUCUCGUCCAAA